AUGUUUUUUAGACAGAUUUGCUCUCGGAGCAUAAAAAGCCCGCUAGUCAGCAGCUUCCCUAGAGUUAGUGUCAGAUUCCAGAGCUCCAAGGUUGCUGGUGCCUCCAAGGCGGAUUUAACGCCAAAGGAGUUGGAGUUGGCGAACAAAAUGACGUGGGAACAAUUUCUGACCCUCCGUAAAGAACAACGUCGGACAUCUCUGCUUGGAUCCGGAAUCGCUGCAUUUUUGGCCGUUGUUGGAGCGUGGGGUUACGUCUCUCAAAUUCAGAUUGAUCCAACAGAAACCAUCUUUGGAAUUGAUACUUUCACUGUCUAUAUUGGAGGAAUAUUGGCUACUGGUACUGUUGGAUUUCUUUUGGGUCCGGGACUGAUUGGAGACCCGCUGUUUGCACUGAAGAACCGCAAGAUCAUGGACUGUUUCAGAAUCAAGCAAAAGUUGUUCCUCAGACAUAUCAUCGAAAGAAGAGUUGAUGCCUCGAGACAGAGUAUGAACAACCCUGUUCCUGACUAUUACGGUGAGAAGAUUGGUUCCCUUAAGGACUACAGACAAUGGCUUAGAGAUUGCAAUGAGUACAGACGUAAGGCCAGAGAAUUCUUGUAG